AUGGAGGUCGGGGCACGUGCCCUCGACGUACUCCCGCUACUCCAGGAGCGGGUGGCGGCACUUACCGGUGGUGUGGAUCGCCGAGGAGGACCUAUAAUAUGGUUCCCUGCAAAUUCCAGACGGGACAGGGUUGCGCCAGAUGAUUAUAGGCGCUUGUUGCACUAUCUAAUGAGUAUUCCUAGUGAUUCUUUCAAAACACAUGGCUUUACAAUCCUAAUAGAUAUGAGAGGUUCAGCCUGGGCUGCUAUUAAACCCAUACUGAAAGUUUUGCAAGAACACUUUCCUUCAUCCGUCCAUCAGGCACUGGUAGUAAAACCUGACAAUUUUUGGCAAAAGCAACGCACAACAAUAGGAGCACAUAAAUACAAAUUUGAGACAACCAUGAUUAGUCUAGAAGCACUGCCUAAAGUCAUAGAUAGCACACAGUUGACAUCAGAUUUAGAUGGCACACUGCAUUAUGACCAUGCACAAUGGAUUGAUUUAAGACUUGCGUUGGAAGAGCUGAUGUGGCAGGCAGGCGAACUUCUGGAUCGUUUGGACGAUCUGCAGGAAGAUGUGGCUCGGGCUGACUUCGCUGAUGACGUCACAGGGGCGCGUCGCGCAAUAGAUGCUCACGCUGAUAUUAGUAAGCGCCUCGCGAAGGUGCCAGUCGAUGAACUUGAAGCACAAGGCGAGCGAGUACUUCAGAGACUUGAAGCGGCGGAGGCAGCGUGUUCCGAAGCGAGUGGAAGCGGAGGAGAAGCAGUGGCGUUUCACUGCGGCUCGCCUAGUGCUGUGCGAGCGCAACUCUCCGCAGUGCGCUCUGCUCAUGCGCAUGCACAUAAGCUUUGGCAACACAAGAAGAUGCAGUUAGAUCAAUGUUUUCAGCUAAGAUUGUUUGAACAGGACUGUGAAAAGAUGCUGGAAUGGAUUGUCAACCAUCGAACCGCAUUCCUAGCGACAUAUGUUGAGAUUGGUCGUUCAUGUGCCGCCGCUAAACGCUUACAAGAGGAACAUGCUCGAUUUGCAGCGGCAUGUACGGGAGGUGGGCGACCUAGCGUUGCUCGAGUGACGACCGCGGCUCGGCGACUUGCCGACAAGAGACACUACGCUGAAUCACAGAUUUCUGCCCUAGCCAUGCGGCUGGAACGGGCUUAUAAACAACUCUCUGCUGGACUAGAAGAACGUUCGGCGGUGUUAUCCCUGUCGGUUGUGUUCCACCACAAGGCGGAGGCGUACGCGUCCGCGGUGGGAGGGUGGGGGGCGCAGUGUGCUAUGGCUUUGCAAUUGGCCACUGGGCAAGGUGGCGCCCCCUGCAAUGAUCCUCGUGCUCUAGAACAGCAUGCGCAGCGGCAUCGUCAGCUCUAUGAGCACAUGUGUCAGGCCUACACGGAGGUUCAUUCAACGAGUAAAAAACUUCUUUACCAACUUGAUCACCUAGUUCAAGUGUGUCAUCAGACUGAUCCAGCAGAUAUGGGCGAAGGUAACACGAGUGGAGCGGGUGGUGCGGGCGCGGGGGGCGACCCCGCGGCUGACUACAGCUCGGGCGCCAACCAUGUAUUAGCAGUCAUACACCAGAUUCUCGGACAUCAUCGCGCGCUUGAAGCCCGGUACCAUCAAGCUCGUCUCAAGUUGCAUCAACGCCUCGCCCUUUUACUUUACAAGGAAGACUGUAGGCAGGUGUUGGAUUGGCUUUCAAACCACGGUCUGCAGUUCUUGCAGAAAAACACUGGAAUAGGAAGGAAUCUUCAUAAAGCUCGUGUAUAUCAGAAAUCUCACGAACAUUUCGAAAAUGUCGCACAAAACACGUACACGAACGCCGAAAAGCUUCUUUCUGCGGCUGAGGAGCUGGCGAGGUCCGGUGAGUGCGACCCAGAGGAGGUGCUGGGCGUGGCGCGCGAGCUGGAGGCGCACGUGGCAGCAUUCGCGGCACGUGUCGACCGUCGCCGCCGCCGCCUCGAUCUCGCCGUGCUGCUCUACACGCACGAGAAGGAGUUGCUUCAAUGGUUGGAGACGCUCCGUAGCGGUGGCGGCGUUUGUGCUUCGGACGACAGUCCCGAAGCGGCGCGUCGUGCUUUGGAGCAAUGUGCGCAACAUCGUGCCGCCAGCCUGGAUGCCUGUGCGGCCACCAUCGCACAGGGAGAAGCACUCCUACAGGAUCUCAGAUCGUCGGGAGACUCCGAUGCAGCGAGUACGUCGGCUGUGGAAACAACCCUGGAGAGGCUUCGAGGCACUCGCGGCGCCCUCGAAGAGUUAUGGUCGGACCGCGAGCGGCGCCUUGAACUCACAUUACAGCUCCGACACUUCGAAAGGGAUGCGCUUGAGGUUUCGUCCCGGCUAGAGCUGUGGGGCGAUGAGCUACAGCGGACUGAGCCGCCACGCGACCCGCAACAAGCCGAGCAAGCGCUCGCCGCUCACAACGAGAGCGUCGCCAGAAUGCAGCACGCUACAUUUCAGGUGGUACAACAGGGCCAGGAACUGGCGGCAGCUAUAGCAGAAGCCUCGGAGGUGAUGUCUGCGGGGACUGGAGAGAAUUCCGAGGCGGCACCACCCGAUGCACAAGCUCGAGUGCAAUUGUUACUCGAGUUCCUUCACGAUCGACAACUCGACCUCGAAGAACUCGCGGAAGAACGCCGUGCGCGCUUCGAACAAUGCGUGCAACUCGGCCAAUUCCAAAAAGACGCGGCCCAAGUAGUGAGCUGGAUAAGAAACGGUGAAGCGAUGUUAGCCGCCUCGUUUUCGAUACCGGGCACAUUGGCCGAGGCGGAGCAGCUGAAGCGCGAACACGAUCAGUUCCAAGUGGCGGUCGAGAAGACUCACGCCAGCGCUGUACAGGUCAAGUAUAGAGCCGACGCUCUCCGUGCUGCCAACCACUACGAGCCCCACACUAUCAGAGAAAUAUCAGAAGAGGUGACGGAGCGUUGGCAGCGGCUCGUAACGUGCGCGGAGGAACGACAUAAACUAGUCACUGCAUCGCUCAACUUUUACAAGACGGCGGAGCAAGUUUGCUCCGUCUUAGAUUCCCUGGAGCGUGAAUACCGACGUGAUGAAGACUGGUGCGGCUCGACCACCGCGCCACCUGCCGACGAACAACUAGCGCACAACCUUGACAAAGCUGCUCAGGUGGCGGCAUUGAUAGUGAAGCACGGUGAGCAGAAAGAGGCGUUUUUGAAGGCGUGCACAUUGGCGCGUCGAACUGCGGAGACGUUCCUGAAGUACGCAGCACGUUCCGCGCAAGUUCACGGACAGACCGCUGCCGCUAGUAAAGCGCACCACGAACAAACCCGCGCUAUACUGGACACCCUACUAGCGCAAGAGAACAAGGUAUUGGAGCAUUGGACGGUACGCAAGAAGCGGCUGGAGCAGUGCCAGCAGUUCGCAUUAUUCGAGCGGUCGGCGCGCGCCGCCGUCGAAUGGAUCCGCGAGACGCAGGAGCGAUGCGGCGCGGCGGCGGCAGCCGCGGCGGCGGGCGUGGCGCGCGAGAGCCGCGAGCGCGUGCGGCUGCUCGCGCAGCUCGCCGACGGACUCGUCGAGAAGGGCCACCCGCACGCCGUGCAGAUCAAGGAGUGGGUGGCCGCAGUCGACGCUAGAUACGCGGAGUUCAGCGGGUCGAUGGAAGGCGGCGAGAGCGAGGCGGAGAGCGAGUCAAGCGCGAGCGCAUCGCUCGGCGCCGCACAGGUGGACGACGGGCGCGCCGAGCCGCAGCCGCCCGCUGCCGGCGACGAGAAGCGCCGCAGCGCGCGCCGCAAGGAAUUCAUUAUGGCGGAGCUUCUUCAGACUGAACGCGCGUAUGUAAAAGAUUUGGAGACCUGCAUCACUUGCUACUUGCGCGAGAUGCGCACCGACCCAGCAUCUGUUCCGCCAGCGUUACAAGGAAAAGAGGAGUUGAUAUUCGGCAACAUCGAGGAGAUCCACCGGUUCCAUGAGCGUGUUUUCCUACGCGAGUUGGACAAGUACGAGAUGAUGCCGGAAGACGUGGGCCAUUGUUUCGUAACUUGGGCGCGCGAGUUCGACAUGUACGUCUCGUACUGCCGCAACAAGCCCGACAGCAACGCCGCCGUUGUACAGCACGCUGGUGAUUACUUUGAUCGGGUACAACGCAAGAAAAAAUUAGAGCAUCCUUUAGCUGCAUACCUUAUCAAACCAGUGCAAAGAAUUACUAAAUACCAGUUAUUAUUGAAAGAUCUACAAGCGUGUUGCGCCGAGGGACAGGGUGAAAUCAAGGACGGCCUGGACGUCAUGUUAUCAGUGCCAAAAAAGGCAAAUGACGCUAUGCACCUAUCUCUACUCGAGGGCUGUGAUGUGCCAACCGACAGUUUGGGUGAGGUUGUGCUACAAGACUCAUUUCAUGUGUGGGACUUGCGUCAAAUCAUCAAGAAAGGGAGAGAGCGGCGUGUAUUUCUCUUUGAUCUUCAUCUUCUCCUUGCGAAAGAAGUUAAGGACUCCCACGGCAAAGCCAAAUACAUUUACAAGACUAAAUUUAUGACUUCGGAGUUGGGGGUGACUGAACAUAUCGAAGGCGAUGAGUGCAAAUUCUCCGUGUGGACCGGCCGUGAACCUAUGGCCAGUGAUUGUCGCAUAGUCCUUAAAGCGCCCUCUCUCGAAGUCAAGCAGACCUGGGUACGCCGGCUCCGAGAGGUCAUUCAGGAAACAUACUUCAGCGGAUCUCUGGAGCCGCACGCACCACGCAGUCCGGCGCGCGGUCGACCCACCAGUUCACAGCGAUCAAGCAGGGAUCUCGAUGACACGUAUCUAGACGAAACAACGGAGAACGUCGAUCGCAACUCCUUGGCUUCCUUCGGUAGUGGCAACACGACGGACUCCGACAAGGCAGUUCAAAAUUUUGGUAUCUUUUAUAAACUUGCCUAUGUUAAUUUAUUUAUAAACGAAGUUAAAGCAGAUAUAUAA